AUUGCAUUAUUUUCCUGUAACAACAUGUUUUGCAGCCGACAGAGCCUACGAGUCCUACUGGCGAUACCGAAGGUUUGACUUCCGAACAUAAUCACACUGUGCACCCGUCGAAUGAUGUCGGGCUAAACCAGCAAGCACAAUACUAAAGGGGGGGAAGCCGGCAGCGACCCUUAUUAAGAUGCCGUCCACCUUCGGAGGCGGCUUGACGAAUACGAUGGCAUCAAAUGGGGUCUACAUCGGCCAGCGCCGCUCCUACGCCGGCGCGCUCUGCACAAUCCGGUACCAGGGUUCUCUCCCCUCCCUGAAGGGUGAAUGGCUAGGCGUUGAAUGGGACGAUCCUACCCGUGGUAAGCACAGCGGCUCACACGAAGGAUAUCAAGUGUUCGAGUGUCUCUCGUCAUCUCCAACAGCUGCUUCAUUCGUGCGACCGUCAAGGAAGCCCGACCCCGAGCGGACGCUGCUCGAGGCAAUCAAAUUCAAAUAUGCUCCGACCACAGUGCCAAACGCCAACAAUGUCAUGGACCAAACGAUCGAAAUAUCCGGCAAAGUCGUCGAGGAAGUCGGCUUUGAGCGGAUCCAAAAGCAACUCUCCGUCUUGACGGACUUGAAGAUCGUUCUGGUCGACGAACUCGUGGUCUCGGGUGUGGCGCGUCGUGGCGCGUCGCGAGAUGAGAUACGACAAGCACAGGCCGAGCUUGCGCAGAGGUGCCCAAACAUCGUCGAGCUGGAUAUAGGCUGGAACGUGGUUGAGACAUCGCAAGACGUCGCGGAUAUAUGCCAGCCGUUGAAGAAACUCAAAAUCCUAAAGGCAAGCGGGCUGCGACUACGAAAUUUCAAAGCCAAAUUGUCGGAAGGCGAGGACAACCCUUUUCCAAACGUCGACGAGCUGCACUUGAACGAAUGCCUCAUCACACCUGAGCAGACUGUGCAGAUCCUCUCACCGGGCGGGACAUGUGGUUUUCCGUCGCUCAAGACGCUGACACUGUCGUUGAAUGAGUUGCACUUCUUUGGCAAUGUCAGAAAGAAAGAAGAGCCGAGAUGCCCCUCUGUCACGACCCUCGUGCUGGAUAAUAAUAAAUUCAAGGAUCUGUCGUCGCUGUCGAAUCUGGUAUCCUUGUUUCCGAAUACUACGUCCUUGUCACUACAGGGCAAUAUGGUAUCUGAAAUCGGCCUGGACGGACUACGAUUCCCAGAAUCUCUUCGGUUUGACAAUCUCGAGACACUCAACCUCGCUGGCAAUAAGAUCGGAAGCUACACGUUCAUCGACACCUUGCCAGGAUUGUUCCCCAAUUUGACGUCGUUACGGAUAUCCCGCAAUCCGCUGUACGAAAGCACACAAGGUGACGGCCAGGGAGAUGAGGCGAGACGGCAAGCGACAAGCGCCGCAGACUCGACGAGUUACUAUCUUACACUCGCGAGGAUACCAGGCUUGAAGUCGUUGAACUAUACGACGAUUACGAGCAGGGAUAGGGAGGAGGGCGAGAUCUAUUAUCUUUCUGUUGCCGAACGAGAGAUCAAGACUCUACUCGAGACAGGCGCAGAGGGAACAGAGAAUAUUGAGCAGAGAGCCGCGCAAGCGAGGAAAAGUCAUCCCUUGUAUACGAGCCUCUGCGCAAAGUAUGAGCGCGAGGAUAUCAUCGCUCGGUUUCUCGACGAGACCAGGCAGGUGCGAAAUCAAGACGACAACAAGAAGACAACAGAAAGGUCUGGGCUGGAUGGCUAUGCGCCAGGGACGCUGGGCUCGAGGCUUGUUGAUGCGUACUUCUACAUGCCGAGCUCAACAGCCAGCGCAUCCGAGGCAGCGAGUCGGAACGAGCAGAGAUUCCAAAGAUUACUCCCGACGACAGUAUCUGUGUACAGACUCAAAUCACUCAUUGCGAAGCAGUUCAAUCUGCCACCGCUACAUUUCCGUUUGGUGUACGAGUCUCACGAGUAUGAUCCGGUAGAGCCGAUCUCGCGGACGACCAGAUGGGAUGGAAGCGGGGAAGAUGAUUGGGACGCCUGGGGAGAUUGGGACGUUGAUGAUAUUGACAAUGACGACCACGACCACGACCACGGGCAUGAGGAUGUGGAUGUGGAUGGUCUGGUCGGGCGUGAUGAGGUGCGAAAGGACGGUAGUGACCCGAUGUACAUCACCCGCGAAGGCCAGCGGUUCAAGAAGCGUGAGACAGAGAUCCUGGAUGGGAUGCGUGGGUGGGGCGACUUCUUGGACUUGACGACCUCGGACGGAUCGAGGAGGAGGGACACUAGGGUUCGGAUUGAGCCAUAUAACAACAGGUGACCUGGGACGAAAAUCAUUGCCGUAGAUCAUGCGAAGGCGCCCACCGCUGUGGCACGCACCAUGAUCGAGAGUGCAAUGACUCGCCUGCCGCUGGGACAGUGCCAGAACAAGCACAACAGAAAAGGGCUCAAUGGAGAGCAGUGUUGUCACACCGAGAAAGCAAGGAGAGGUCCAGAGCUGGGGAUGAGAAGUGAAGAAUGUUUCGAUUCACAUUUACUACAGUGUACAUAAGAGCAAUUCGACUAUGCCGAGCAGGGUAUCUUUGUCUGCACAUCAUAGCAGACGAGACGUUGAAAGAGAAUAUACAGGUACAGGUCGACGCAAAGGCAUGCUCAUGCCUAUGCCUCAUCAGCAUUCCCGA